ACCAGUUAUUUACCAACAGGUUAUAGUUAUGUCAUUUGCACUUGUUUUCCUAUUAACCCUGGCUGUUCCACACAUCAUAUAUGCCCAAAACUCCCAACAAGAUUACUUAAAUGCUCAUAAUGUGGCUCGUGCUCGAGUGGGCAUCAAAAACAUGGUAUGGAACUCUACUGUGGCUGCAUAUGCUCAAAACUAUGCUAACCGAAGGAGAGGGGACUGCAAUCUUGUCCAUUCUGGUGGACCUUAUGGUGAGAACCUUGCUAAGGGUAGUGGAACCUUCACAGGUACUAAAGCAGUGAAUCUAUGGACAACUGAGAGGACUUAUUAUGAUUAUAUUACCAAUACUUGUGCUAGUGGACAUGUUUGUGGCCACUAUACUCAAGCAGUAUGGCGUAAUUCAGAUCAACUUGGGUGUGUCAGGGUUCCGUGUACCAAUAAUGGUUGGUGGUUCGUUAUUUGCAGCUAUUAUCCUCGUGGCAAUGAUGUUGGUCAAGUUCCUUACUAGUGAAGUAUUUGAAAUACGUUGCCGGUUACUUUUUAUGAAUAAACAGGCAUUUUCUGGUGCAACAGAAAUUAGAAAAUGUGGUUGACGGCUUGACGUGUUCAUUACCUUAUGAUUAUGACAUAUGUAUUCGUUUUCUU